AUGGACGUAUUGGAACUUCCUCGUCCCGUAAUUAAUUUUCUUCGUACAAUGGCUAAAGAAAGUUGUCGUUAUGUCUUAUCAUGGGAUAUAUUUGGUGGUCCUGAUAGUGUUACUCUAACUCUAACAUGGAAAUUAAUUCCGGAUGAACAACCUUUAACCGUUGAAGAAUUAAAAAUGCUUUCAACACCGGCACAACCAUCUCCCACGAGUCAAACAGUGACACAAUCCUUGUUUAACCCCACAACAACAUCUCGAACACCAUCUACUCGUCCGUUGCAAUCGCCGCAUAUCAUUGGCGAUAGUACUCAUAUGUUUGAUAGAUAUGUGAGUGAUGACCAGCCUGUUUACUCCAUGUCUCCACACAGGACUAAAAAAAUAAUAGGUGGUAACGAACAGCAACAACAACAAAUAAAACGAUCAUCAUCUCCUACUUACGGAUUUUUGUCAAAAAAUUCAUCAUCAAGACGUUCAAGAAAAGAUGAAUUACUUCCAACUACCACAACGAACGCUAUACGAACAGUAAAUGCUUGUAUAAGCACAGACACUGCAACUAAUAAUAAUAAUAAUAAUAAUAAUAAUAAUAAUCGUCCGAUAUUCCGUGCAUUACGAGGGAAAAGUCUUGAAACGGUACCACAGAGACAGAAACAUAAUAUAGUAAAUGAUUUAGGAAUCGAAGCUGAUAUUGAAAAAACAAUCAUUCCCAGUCCAACGUCUCGCACAUAUCCAAAAAUUGUUCCAUAUGAAACAGUCACAUCGCGAAGUUUAGAACGGAAUACGAGCACGUUUAAAGAUAAUAAUAAUAGUAAAGAACGUGAAAUACCUAUCGAUCGAAUUAAUCGACGAAAACACAAUGAAUUGGCAACAAAAUUACAAUUGUACAAUAAUACUGAACAACUCCAACGAACGAAUCUGAAUAAGACAAACUCAGCCGUUGUCAAAUGUGCAACAAUUUCAUCGCUUUCUAGUUCGUCAUCUUCACCACCAACCGAAACCGUUGUAACUCUUCCUCCUCCACCGCCAGCUAGUUUAGCCUAUAGAAAUCGAAAACCAAAUUCUCACAAUCAUUCAUCAUCCAUCUCAUCUAUGACGCCAAUUACAGCACCAGUAGCUAUGGGCACAAGUUCACUACUUGAUUCACCUCGUACAAAAUGUACAAAUUAUCAAAACUAUAGUUCAACGGUCGUCUCACGUACAACACCAUCGGAAAAUAUUCUUUAUGGAUCGGUGCAUCAGCAAAACAAAACACCACUUACAGAUAGUACGGAAACAAUUGAUCCAUGGGUAAAACGUUUUGAAUGUUCAUUAGAAGAAGAGAUAACUGAUGACAGAGGGAUAGAGGGAGAGAGUAUUGAAAAUAGUGAUAAAUAUGGAACAGUUAAUAGUAAAGUGAAAUUUAAAAAUAAGCCAGAUUACAUUUAG